AGAAAAACAAAUAGCCCAAAAACUCACAACCCUUUCCGUUAAGCCUCGGCCUGCCCAGCCCUUCACCAAAAGAAAGAAAAGUUUGCCGUUUAGACUUUCUUGUACGGUUGUACCCUGAGCACCAGCCAUCCUCCGGCCUCCAAUCUGCUCCGUCCUCACCCAUCAUGACUGCUGAUCCACCCAAAUCCAUUGUCAAAAACUCCAGAAUUUCACCCACCAGAACCCAUUAACAACCCAUAAAAACAUCAGGUAAUUUCCAUUCCAAAAAGAAAAGAAACAAAAAUGGAAAAGGAGAGAAAGAAGGUCCAAAAACCCAAGCCAGAAACUGAAAGCAACAAUCUUUAUGACAUCUCCUGCUUGUUUUUUCAAAAAGGAAUAAUGGGCUCAUUUCUUGUAAUCAGCAUCUUCAGUCUCCUCCUCAGAGUUUCAGUUUCUCUCCAUUCAUAUUCAGGUGCAGGCAGUCCACCAAAAUUUGGUGACUUCGAAGCUCAACGUCAUUGGAUGGAGAUUACAACCAAUUUACCAAUUAAAGAUUGGUACUUUAACACUACUAACAAUGAUUUAAGUUAUUGGGGUCUCGAUUACCCUCCAUUAACUGCUUAUCAGAGUUACUUUCAUGGUCUUAUCCUCAAGUAUUUUGAUCCAAAUUCAGUUUCACUGUUUACUUCUCGUGGUUAUGAGACACAUUUCGGGAAAUUGCUAAUGAGGUGGACAGUUUUAUCAUCUGAUUUGCUGAUAUUUUUCCCUGCUGUGCUUUAUUUUAUUUUUGUUUAUCACGGGGGUAACGGGUCCGGUGGAGAUCAGAGUGAUGUAGCAUGGCACAUUGCUGUUAUUUUAAUCAAUCCAUGCUUGAUCUUAAUUGAUCAUGGCCAUUUUCAGUAUAAUUGCAUCAGCUUGGGCCUUACUUUAGGUGCUGUUGCUGCUGUUCUCUCACGGAAAAAUCUUUUAGCUUGUGUUCUGUUCUGUCUUUCUCUUAACCAUAAACAGAUGAGUGCAUAUUAUGCUCCUGCGUUUUUCAGCCAUCUGUUUGGUAGCUGCCUAAGGCGUAAGAAUCCCCCACUUGAGGUUUUAAAAUUGGGCUUGGCUGUCCUAGGAACAUUUGCUAUUGUUUGGUGGCCGUAUCUUCAUUCAAGAGAUGCCCUUUUUGGGGUUCUUUCACGUCUUGCUCCUUUUGAGAGAGGGAUAUACGAAGAUUAUGUGGCUAACUUUUGGUGCAGUACCUCAAUUUUAAUUAAGUGGAAGAGAUUAUUUACAACACGUUCUCUGAGAUUUGUCAGCUUGGUUGCUACUAUAUUGACUUUUCUGCCUUCAAUGAUUCAACAAAUAUUGGCUCCGAGCAGUAAAGGUUUCCUUUAUGGGUUGCUGAAUAGUUCUUUUGCGUUCUACUUAUUUUCAUUCCAAGUUCACGAGAAGUCUAUUCUGCUGCCGCUUCUGCCUGCAACCUUGUUGGCAAUGGAAUUGCCUGGUGUGCACUCUAUGUUAUUAAUGCUUUGUGCAUUGCUCUCUAUGUUUCCUCUUCUGUGUCGUGACAAACUGGUUGUGCCCUACAUGGCUCUUUAUGCUUCUUCCAUCCUUCUUUACCUUGCACCCAGUGGAAGAAGGCAAAUUAAGAAGCAUCUCUCUAGGCCUAUGAUCACAUUCUCAAUUGUGAUGAUUCAAUUUCUGUGCUCUCUUAUUUUUCAUAUUAUAUACUUAACCAUUCGCCCUCCUGAGAAGUAUCCUUACCUUUUUGAAGCAAUGAUCAUGAAUUUCUGCUUCUCUCAUUUAUUGGGCUUUUCUGUUUACACCAAUGUAAAGCAAUGGAUGCUGCCAAGACAAUUUACAUCUGGAGACAAAGAAAAGAAACUUAAUUGAUUUUUGUGUUUUUUGGUUUAGGUUCCUAGCAUUAGCAUUUAGAAUCUUGUUGCCGUGCUGGUGGGGGCACAGAUCUAGAGAUGGAAGGGGCAUAUAUGUAAAGCAUAUGCAGGCUGAAUAACUAUUACAGUGAAACAUAUCUCAACUGAAUCAUGUAGCUCCAGUCUCCCAUUUAUCAUUUUGCUCAAUGAUGAUUUGCAUUUGCGGUA